AUGCGAUUUGGGGCGGCUUCUGGGCUGGUCAUUAAUGCUUCGAAGUCUGUGGCGGUUCCUCUGUGUGCCGGUGUGAGCAUUGACCCCACACUUUUGCACGGUGUUAAGCUGUUACAGGCGGGCGGGCGAGAGGUGCAGACGAAAGACAAACACGGUCAGGAGCCGAGCUCUAUUAGACUCGGCUUAAUCAUUCCCAGGGUCACGUUUCUCGCGAGACACUCGUGGCCUACCCGUGAGGUUAUCGACUCGCUACAGCUUUUGGUCAAGCGUUUUGUUUGGGGAUCGCGACAAGGUGUGCCAUCUCGAGCGUGGAUGAGUGAAACACAGGCCGGUUUACGUGUGUGUGUUGGGUGGAUUGCUAUCAAACAUGUAUCAACAAAGCUGCUUGCUAUGGCGGCCAAUGCGGUCGGUAAAUGGGCAUCUUUUUCGAAUGGGCCAGCUCGAGUCGCGGGUGACAUAUUGCUGGCAAGGAGAGCUGGAGUUGAUGUGUACCUUACUCCGGAUAAGCCAUGCACAACCCCUAACGUCCCUAUUGAUUUGUCUAAGGCUGGAUGUGUUGCAGCAACUGAGUCUCUCUUGCGUCGGCAUAUUUCAGCUGCCUACUGGGAGGGCGAUACGUUAACAUUUCGUAUCGAUACUGCCACGGUACAAGCCAUUGCAAGUAAAGCGGUCGGCGAGCAGUGCAUACGUGGAACUUUCUGCCACGAGUGGCUAGGUCGGGUGGGACUCGAUACGAGGCAAAGGUUGAUCAAUGGACGGGGAGAGGACGUCAAUAUACCUCUCCUGCGGCGUGGAGAACAGUGGCAAACGCUUCGUGAUCUCCUGACGUGGAUAUGGCACGGGGAUGGAACCAUCAAGUUCGAGCUUCAGCGUUCACGGUCACCGGCAAUUCGGCGUGCGGCCUCGGUCCUGUGCAAGGCGAUUGUGUGCAAUUAUCCCACGCUUUUCCUUCAACCGCGCUCACCAUCGCUAUUGAGACCGAUUGAUGCUAGCCCUUCGUCGAAUCUUUCGUGGCGCCUUUCUGAAAAUGCAAAGAGCACUGUCUUCUCGAAUAACACGAUCGUGUAUACAUCAGUCCCAGUCCAGUCGCGGUACGACUGUGAACUCCGAGCCCGUGCAGACAUCAAUAAGCGGGACUUCCGCUUUCAUGAUCAUCCUGCAUUGUCGCGACUUGUGCAGCUUCACACUGGGGCUAAUUGGCGUUUUAAUCGGGCGCGGUACAAGGAGGCUGUUUCCGGGCAGCGUGUGGCACAAGGGACUGUGGAGAGAGAUCGGGCAAUCGCUGUUCAAGCUACAAAUAAUAAGGACCUGCAUUGUGCACUAUCCCAGCUGGAUUGGCGUGACAUUCGGGCAGUAAAGGGAGCUGGGGCUUCUACGGUACAGACACUUUUUCGAUUGAAGGCCAACAAGCUGAAUUUAUGGAACUAUGUGCACAGUGAACGUUCUUGUCCACAUGGCGAGUGUCCCCGAGACGUACCUAUUAGCUUUCAACACGUCUUCUGGGAGUGCCCUAUUGCAAAGGCAGCAUGGAAAGACUUUGACAUUCGAUGGAGGCGUCUCGGCGACAACGUGCCUGCUAACCUUAUUGAAUCGUGCUUCAGUUUGGACCUAGACGAUACGCCGACACGUGCGUGGCGAACGGUAUGUGAUCAUGUUCGUGCUGCAGGUACCGAGCAUCGUGAUGUGUUGUACGAGGUUUCCAGGGAUUUGUGGAGACUGACGGUGGCGGCAACAAUUCAAGCCAUCUGGUGUGCGCGACUUCGUCUCCGCCACGAGCCAGAUGCGCUUCAAUCGACAUUGCGGGCGGUAAUUUGCGCUACAGUAGACAAUGCCUUGCGCGAUUUGGUUUCAUUGAGUUAUAAAUUCGACACGGAUAUUUCAUAA